CUGUAAAUAAUUACACCAGUGUUUUAUAAUUCUGCUGAUGGAUUAAGGAGUAUGUGGGAAUGACAGGCAUCUCUGACGUGUGUAACAGUGCCGAUCUCCCAGAAGUUGAGAUCUUGAGUUUGAUCGAGGAACAGAUCCCUAAAUAUCGUCUGCGUGCUGAUACCAUCACAAAUUUCUGUGGUUAUGAGAAUGAAGACUGGAUACAGACCCCAGUGAUCCCUCUUGAUCAGGAUAUUGAAUUGACCACAGAACAAAUUGCUGAGACGCUCAAAUACUUCAUCCUAUGUGCUGAGCGUGUGACACAGAUGACUAGGACAUACAAUGACAUAGAGGCUGUUAAUAGAUUACUUGAAGAGAAAGAACGUGACCUUGAACUUGCUGCUCGUAUCGGUCAAACACUUCUCCAGAAAAAUCAAGACUUAACAGACAAAAAUGAAUCAUUAGAGGAACAAGUUUCCCAGGCAACAGAAAAGCUCAACCAAUUUAAACAUGAAAUUCUACGCAAGGAUGAGCUUCUCCAAGCUUUGACCCACUCCGAGUCUGACAGCACACCAACAGAUGACUCUCCAAAUGGAAACCCAGAGGGUCUUUAUGCCCUGGGGGCUGCAAGUCUACAGAAAAAAGUUAAAUCCUUGGAAGAGGAAAACAUCAAACUCCGUAUUGAGACAGUACAAUUAAGCGCUGAAACAUCAGAUUUUGAAGAAAAGGAACAAAAACUUGUGUCUGACUGCCUAGAACAACUUGCGGAAGUUAAAGAUCAGGUCUCAGUUUAUUCACAAGAACUUGCUCGAAAGACAGAAGAAACUCAUACACAGAAGGAGGAGAUCACCAACCUUUUAGCACAGCUAGUUGAUCUCCAGAGAAAAUGCAAAGUUUUAACAGCGGAGAAUCUAGAGCUCCAGAAACAUCUUGAGGCGUCACAGUCAGCACAGAAACACCUGACUAAGGAGUUAAGUGAAUACAAAGACAAGCAUGAUGAGGUCCUUGAAUUACUUGAGGAGAAUCAGGAGGAAUUACGAAGGCUACGAAGAAAACAGAAACCCAACGUAGCUAAACACAGUUAUCUGUCUACAUCACUAUUAAGUGUUCCCAGUGACUCUAUUGCCUCCGAACUUGAGACAUCUCUCAAGUCAGAAAUAGAUUUCCCACUUGGGUACUCACCAGCAGAGAGAAAAGUACAUAACUGGAGAAUUUUUGAGACGGCAAAGGCUGCGAAGAAAGCAAGCAACAAGCACAAUGGCAUUAGUAAUAGUAACAGUUUUGGGACAGAGAAGACGUCUGGAAUUUCAGGAAUGUCUGGUCUUUCUGGACUCUCCUUGCUUAGUCUCGAUGGCAGCCAGGAUUCAGGAGCUCGUUCACCAGCAAUGUCUGGAACAGCCUCAUCUAUUGGAAGGGCCGGAGCUCUGUCUGCUGGAAUGUCCAACCGGAGCUCCAUGUAUUUCUCCGAGUCAGAGUCUGUCCAGAGUGACGGAUACAAUGCUGAUCUGGACAGCCUCUAUGGUGAUGUAAAGAAGCACAGCUUGGGACGGCCCGGAAUACCUGGCUCUAACGAUCUGGAAACAGCACUGAGAAAGUUGUCCAUUCGCCGUGCUAAUGAACUGAACGAGGAGGACUUUUUUGAGGAUGAAGAAAAUCGGAAAAGACAGAGACACAGGUCGGAUACCAGUAGAUCUGAUGGUCAGGAAUCCACAGAUACGCCUGGCAUGUGUCCAACUCCAGAUAGUACACUCUCUACAGGAAGUUUCCGAUCAGGAUUCUCUCAGCUGUCUCUCCCAGGCAGUAACAACCCCCACUAUCGACUUCCAGAAAAACUGAAAAUCAUCAAACCUCUUGAGGGUUCUGUUACUCUACGCCAUUGGCAGCAGCUUGCUACUCCACACCUGGGAGGCAUCUUUGAAUCUCGCCCAGGUGUUCAAAUUAAAGGGGAAAGGAAACUGGACAUGAGUGAAGAGGUUUACAACCUGAGUGACUUAGAGGAAGAUGAUGAUUACGAGGAUAACACAGAGUGCUACAAGAGAUUCCAGGAGAGUUCAACAAUAAACACAUACACAAACUCUACAGUCAAACACCCAACCCAGCUUGUAGGCGAGGAUGGAUCGGAACUUGACUCUGACGUAGAUUGUACAGAAUCAACAUCGACAAAGUCUUCAACACCUCGACUUACUUCUAUGGUUCAGUCAAGCGGAACUACAACAUAUAGCAUGUCUCUGGGACUGGCAGCCAUUUUGAAUGAGCGUGACUUGCUCAGCCCCUCAGACAAGAAACCCCAAACAUCAGGGGCCAACAACCCCUCAAGAAUGUCUAGUUGUUUGGUAUCCGAGUCUCAUUUUGAUCUAGCCAAGUCAAAAGCCCAUACUGUGACCUCAUCACCCGGGUCGGGGGUUUCCUUGACUACGAGUUCACCAACGAAAACGUCACCGGAGAGACCAAACUCAUUGUCUGGUGCAGAUUAUCAGGAGGCAAACCUCCUCAAUCGUAUCAAAAACACAGGUUUUUCCUUGUAUGGUUAUCUUGGGAAAAUAGGUCAGCAAAGGUCAGACUCAGUGGUGUCUUUGCCAACACUGCAUGAGAAUACAAACACUUCACAUUCACAGCAAGGUGCGAUUCCUAAAGUGUCUGUUUGUUCAGGUCCAACACAAUCAUCUUCUGUGGAUAAUCUUGUGACAAUUGCUGCUGCAUCAGAAGGUGGAGCUGAGGCUUCCAAAUCUAAGUCAUCUUCUUCCAUAUUUGGAGGAGCUUCAGGGGGUGGAGUUCUUGGUGCAUUGACCUCAAUUAGAAAAAGUGGCAUAUUUUGA